AUGGGCGAGAAGAAGAAAGCUGGUGCAAUGCUAGUGAGGCUCGUUUCGGCCGCUGGUACAGGAUUCUUCUAUGUGGUAAAGAAGACCAAAAGGCUUCAAAGCAGUCAAAUUAAACUCGAGUUCCGAAAGUAUGACCCUCGUGUGAACCGUCAUGUUUUGUUCACUGAGGCAAAGAUGAAAUCGGCGGCGAAGGAAGAGGCUGAGAUGGCCAUUUCUUUCGGGGGAAGAGAGAGGGGGGGUGGAGGCGGCGAUGGGAAUGGCCUGAAGGGAGAAGAGGGGAAAAGAGGAGGAGAAGGGAGCCGCCUGAGAAACUGCCAUAGCACAACAGAAUCGGUCGGUGAUGGACCCCAGACAAAAGAGACGAGAGGAGAGUGA